CCUAGCGGCGCGUCACUGCAAGCCGUCCUCCGCGCGCCUCCCUCCUUCCUCCUUGCCGGCUGUACGCGAUCCAGCUUGGGUAGGCGGGGAAGCAGCUGGAGUGCGACCGCCGCGGCAGCCACCCUGCAGCCGCCAAUCGGAGGUGCAGUCCGUAGGCCCUGGCCCCCGGGUGGGCCCUUGGGGAGUCGGCGCCACUCCUGGGGAGCUGCAAGGCUCGCCCCUGCCCGGCGUGGAGGGCGCGGGGGGCGCGGAGGCUGAGUCUCACUCGUUUGCCCAGGCUGGAGUCCAGUGGCGCGAUCUUGGCUCACUGCAACCUCUGCCUCCCUGGUUCAAGCGAUUCUCCUUCCUCAGCCUCCCGAGUAGCUGGGAUUACAGGCACCUGCCACCACCCCUGGCUAAUUUUUGUGCAUUUUUAGUAAAGACGGGGUUUAAUCAUGUUGGCCAGUCUGAUCUCGAACUCCUGACCUCAAGUGAUCUACCUGCCUCGGCCUCCCAAAGUGCUGGGAUUACAGUCUUGAGCCACCACGCCCACCCUAUAAAUGACAUCGUUUUAUCAGUUAUUUAAUUUGGAUUCCUUAAGAAUAACUUCAAAAGAAAAGGUGGAGACACUAUGGACAUCACCUGGGAGCUUGUGACAAAUGCAGAAAGCCUAACCUCCCUCUAGAACUAGAGGAUCUGAGUGUGCAUUUUAAAGAGGUCCCCAGGUGAUCAUAUUUGCAUUAAAGUUUGACAAGUGCCUUUCUAGUGAGUCAUUCCCUUGGAAACACUGGUCUGCUCAGGUCAGCAGGAUGGUGAUGCCUGGAGAACUGGGGAGGGGAUCCCCUUGUAGAACAGAAAGAAGAGAUACAGUCAUGGAAACAUUCCGAAUUUUGAAUAUUAUGAAACAACAGGAACAAAGUGUGUUGUGGAAGGAGUGACGCACUUUAAGGAAUGCAUUGCCUUUCCUAGAAAGUGAAGAGAGGAAAUUGGAAAUAGUGAGUGGACCUUCUGAUACUGCCCCUCCUUGUGGAAAAGGGGAAAGAACUGCAUGCAUAUUACUCAGCGUCCUGUAUUCAAAGGAUAUUCUUGGUGAUCUUGGAAGCGUCCAUAUCAUGGAAUCAAUCUCUAUGAUGGGAAGCCCUAAGAGCCUUAGUGAAACUUUUUUACCUAAUGGCAUAAAUGGUAUCAAAGAUGCAAAGAAGGUCACUGUAGGUGUGAUUGGAAGUGGAGAUUUUGCCAAAUCCUUGACCAUUCGACUUAUUAGAUGUGGCUAUCAUGUGGUCAUAGGAAGUAGAAAUCCUAAGUUUGCUUCUGAAUUUUUUCCUCAUGUGGUAGAUGUCACUCAUCAUGAAGAUGCUCUCACAAAAACAAAUAUAAUAUUUGUUGCUAUACAUAGAGAACAUUAUACCUCCCUGUGGGACCUGAGACAUUUGCUUGUGGGUAAAAUCCUGAUUGAUGUGAGCAAUAACAUGAGGAUAAACCAGUACCCAGAAUCCAAUGCUGAAUAUUUGGCUUCAUUAUUCCCAGAUUCUUUGAUUGUCAAAGGAUUUAAUGUUGUCUCAGCUUGGGCACUUCAGUUAGGACCUAAGGAUGCCAGCCGGCAGGUUUAUAUAUGCAGCAACAAUAUUCAAGCCCGACAACAGGUUAUUGAACUUGCCCGCCAGUUGAAUUUCAUUCCCAUUGACUUGGGAUCCUUAUCAUCAGCGAGAGAGAUUGAAAAUUUACCCCUACGACUCUUUACUCUCUGGAGAGGGCCAGUGGUGGUAGCUAUAAGCUUGGCCACAUUUUUUUUCCUUUAUUCCUUUGUCAGAGAUGUGAUUCAUCCGUAUGCUAGAAACCAACAGAGUGACUUUUACAAAAUUCCUAUAGAGAUUGUGAAUAAAACCUUACCUAUAGUUGCCAUUACUUUGCUCUCCCUGGUAUACCUAGCAGGUCUUCUGGCAGCUGCUUAUCAACUUUAUUAUGGCACCAAGUAUAGGAGAUUUCCGCCUUGGUUGGAAACCUGGUUACAGUGUAGAAAACAGCUCGGAUUACUAAGUUUUUUCUUCGCUGUGGUCCAUGUUGCCUAUAGCCUCUGCUUACCGAUGAGAAGGUCAGAGAGAUAUUUGUUUCUCAACAUGGCUUAUCAGCAGGUUCAUGCAAAUAUUGAAAACUCUUGGAAUGAGGAAGAAGUUUGGAGAAUUGAAAUGUAUAUCUCCUUUGGCAUAAUGAGCCUUGGCUUACUUUCCCUCCUGGCAGUCACUUCUAUCCCUUCAGUGAGCAAUGCUUUAAACUGGAGAGAAUUCAGUUUUAUUCAGUCUACGCUUGGAUAUGUUGCUCUGCUAAUAAGUACUUUCCAUGUUUUAAUUUAUGGAUGGAAACGAGCUUUUGAAGAAGAGUACUACAGAUUUUAUACACCACCAAACUUUGUUCUUGCUCUUGUUUUGCCCUCAAUUGUAAUUCUGGGUAAGAUCAUUUUAUUCCUUCCAUGUAUAAGCCGAAAGCUAAAACGAAUUAAAAAAGGCUGGGAAAAGAGCCAAUUUCUGGAAGAAGGUAUUGGAGGAACAAUUCCUCAUAUCUCCCCGGAGAGGGUCACAGUAAUGUGAUGAUAAAUGGUGUUCACAGCUGACAUAUAAAGUUCUACUCAUGCCAUUAUUUUUAUGACUUCUAUGUUCAGUUACAAGUAUGCUGUCAAAUUAUUGUGGGUUGAAACUUGUUAAAUGAGAUUUCAGCUGAAUUAGUGAUAGAGUUUUCUUCAAGUUAAUUUUCACAAAUGUCAUGUUUGCCAAUAUGAAUUUUUCUAGUCAACAUAUUAUUGUAAUUUAGGUAUGUUUUGUUUUGUUUUGCACAACUGUAACCCUGUUGUUACUUUAUAUUUCAUAAUCAGGCAAAAAUACUUACAGUUAAUAAUAUAGAUAUAAUGUUAAAAACAAUUUGCAAACCAGCAGAAUUUUAAGCUUUUAAAUAAUUCAAUGGAUAUACAUUUUUUUCUGAAGAUUAAGAUUUUAAUUAGUAUUCAACUUAAAAAGUAGAAAUGCAUUAUUAUACAUUAUUUUUAAGAAAGGACACAUUAUGUUAGCAUCUAGGGAAGGGUGCAUGAUAGCAUUCCUAUAUUUCUCUCAUAAAAUAGGAUUUGAAGGAUGAAAUUAAUUGUAUGAAGCAAUGUGAUUAUAUGAAGAGACACAAAUUAAAAAGACAAAUUAAACCUGAAA